AUGCAGUUGCCACUCGUUCUUGUCCUCUGCGCGCUCGUGUCGGUGUUUGCAGCCGAUUCGCUCGACGCUGCAUCGUUUGCGAUCGCCACCGACUUGCGCAACACAAUGGAGCAUGGCCUCACUCGCAACAACACGGCCGCCGCCACCCAGCCCAUUCAAGAGUCGCCCAUGCUCUCGGACGCCGAGAUGGCGCGGGUAUGGGCGACUGCGCACAACGGUGGUCUCUCGGUACUUUCGGGCAUUUCCGUCUACGGCAGCAUCGCGCUCGACCUCCAGAGCAUCGCCACCCACGGCCUCACACCGACCAAUGGCGCGAGCUUUCUUACCAACGUCCAAUUGGCGAUCGAUCUCGGAACGCUCACCAACGGGUCGACGAUCGUCUCAGUGCGAUCCCAGGUCUUAUUUUGA